AAAACAAAUGACGUACAAUUAUUAAAUUAUAAGAGUAGUCAUUUGUUCAUCAGUGUUUUAUUGGUAACCAAAAUUUUCAAGGAAGUGUUUUUAUUAAAUUAAUAAAAUGUCAUCAACAUCAUCGCAGCUAAAUAAUCAAAUCAAGAUUUGUGUACUCAAGUCUAAUUUGGAAGAAAUAGGAAAUGAGUUGAUUAUACAAAAUUCGACAAUACCAGCACUAGAUGACGAGAACGAGUGUAAAUAUCGUGAAACUAUGGGGGUGGUUCAAGUACUACGUGCCAUUACCAUUGAAAUAGAGCUUCAAAAAGAAGAAAGUUCGAAAUUAUCUGCAAAGCGAAGGCAACUUCAGCUUAACUGCGAAGAGAUGACCAAGUCAAUCAAUAAGGUGCUCGAAACGCGUAACGAACACGAAAAUCAGUUACAACAAGUCGAAAACGAUAUAGAGCAGAAAAUCCGUUCAUAUGAAGCAUUGUUACAUGAAAAGGCAGAUCGUUUUCGAAAAAUGCACAACGUUUAUGAUGAAGUAGAAAUGAAGAAACAGUUAGAGAUGGUUAACGACAAUUUAAUAAAAAUUACUACAGAAGAAGCAAAGCAGCAGAAUGUAGUUAAAGAGUUAGAGAAAGAAUUGAGCUCAAUAGUACCGGACUUGCCCGAUAACAUUUUGGCUAUAUUGCGUAAACCGGAAUUGGAAAAUAAAUUGAAAACACUGACUGAUGAAUGUAAUCUAAAACGAGAUACACUUGAUCGCCUUCAGAAGAAACAGAAAUACGGCUUCGAGUUUAAUAUUUACUAA